CUGGCGGGAAAACAUAUCUUCAAUAUAUCCCGAUCAACUCAUUGACUAGGGUUUGUAACUAAACCCAACGGCGUCAUUUUCUCGGGAAAAUUUUCCUGAUUUGCCGCAAUCCUACGGAAAUUUAAAGAGAUGCCGACGUACAAUAUCAGAGGCGUCGUUGUGGAUUUUCCAUUCGAGGCUUACGAUUGCCAGCUUGUUUAUAUGGAAAAAGUCAUUCAAUCUCUCCAAGAAAGAUGCAACGCACUUUUGGAGAGCCCUACCGGAACUGGGAAAACGUUGUGUCUUCUCUGUGCAACCCUGGCUUGGAGGAAGAGUUUGGGAGGUUUCUCGACUGGUAUGAGUGUAAAAAGCAGUCAGAAAGAAGAGAGCGAACCAGAUGUUUCACUGUCUCAGCCUGUGCGGUCAAAUCUUCCUGCCAUAAUAUAUACCUCGCGCACUCAUAGCCAAAUCCGGCAAGUAAUUCAAGAAUUAAAGAGAACCCGUUACAGGCCCAAAAUGGUAGUUUUAGGAUCUCGAGAGCAAUUGUGCAUUCAUGAUGAAGUGAGUUCACUUCGUGGAAAAACACAAACAAAUUCUUGCCAUUCGUUGUGUAGAAAGCGUAAAUGUAGCCAUCAUUCUCGUGUUGCAGAAUACAUGAAGAAAAAUCCUCAUCUUGGUGAUGAACCUAUCGAUAUUGAGGAUUUAGUCAACGUUGGAAGAAGAUUCGGACCGUGUCCUUAUUACGUAUCACGAGAGCUCCACCGGAUUGCUGAUAUAUUUUUUGCACCAUAUAACUAUCUCAUUGACCCGGGGAAUAGAAAAUCUUUAAAAGUUGAUUGGAACAAUAGUAUACUCAUAUUUGAUGAAGCUCACAAUUUGGAAGGCUUAUGUGCAGAUGCAGCAUCUUUUGAAUUGCCUUCUUGGCUUCUAAAGGCUUGCAUUAUUGAAGCAAAACAUUGUAUUGACCUAUCUGUAGAAAGAAGGGAAGAAUCAAAUGACAAAUCACGGAACCCAGAUAAUUUUGCCAUCCUUAGAGCACUUCUUUUGAAGCUUGAGAAACGGAUUGCUGAAGUGCCUAUUCAGUCUAAGGAAUUGGGAUUUACUAAGCCUGGGCCGUACAUCUACGAAUUACUCUCUGAGCUAAAUAUCACGCAUGAAACUGUCUCUAAGCUCAUUCAAAUAAUAGAUGACGCUGCUGUGCUUAUUGAGGAAGAUAACCAGCACAAGGUGGCACACACUACUUGCAGACUGGAAAGCAUAGGUGAUAUUCUUAAUACAAUUUUUAAAGAUGAGGGCAAUGCUCAUGCGAAAUUCUAUCGUGUUCACGUGCAUGAAGUUGAAGCAAGUGCUGCAGAUGGCUUGAAAGGUAAGGCAUCAAGGACACUAAGCUGGUGGUGUUUCAAUCCGGGAAUUGCCUUGGAAGCAUUCUCCAAGUUGGGUGUGGGCUCAGUUAUACUGACAUCUGGCACGUUAGCUCCCCUGGAUUCAUUUGCACAAGAACUGAAAUUAGAAUUUCCCGUUCGGUUGGAAAAUCCUCAUGUCAUCACCCCUAGUCAGAUAUGGGCUGGUGUUGUACCAGCUGGUCCUUCUGGUUGCUCUUUCAAUUCCUCUUACCGAAACCGUGAUUCUAUUGAAUACAAGCAAGAUCUUGGCAAUGCUAUUGUCAACUUCGCACGAAUUGUACCUGAUGGAUUGCUCGUAUUCUUUCCAUCAUACUACAUAUUGGACCAAUGCAUUGGAUGCUGGAAGAAUAUGAGUCAUGCAAACUCAACAACCAUAUGGGAAAGAAUCUGCAAACAUAAGAAACCUGUGGUAGAACCUAGACAAUCUUCACUAUUUCCUUCAUCAAUUGAGGACUACUUGGCUAAGCUCAAGGAUGCCUCUGCUUCUGGUGCAGUGUUUUUUGCUGUUUGUCGGGGUAAGGUGAGUGAAGGAUUAGAUUUUGCUGACCAUGCUGGAAGAGCUGUGGUCAUCACUGGUAUGCCAUUUGCAACAAGGACUGAUCCUAAGGUUCGUCUGAAACGUGAGUACUUGGAUCAAGGGGGCUAUCCCAUAGCAAGGUUCUAACUGGAGAAGAAUGGUAUAAUCAACAAGCAUCACGAGCUGUGAAUCAGGCUGUUGGACGUGUAAUCCGUCAUCGUCAUGAUUAUGGAGCAAUUAUUUUUUGUGAUGAAAGGUUUGCACAUCCAUAUCGUCAGUCCCAGGUAUCACAUUGGAUACAGCCUCACAUCAAGUGUUACUCCAAAUUUGGGGAUGUAGUUUUCACAUUGACCCAGUUUUUUCGGGAUGGACGAGCUCGGGGAUCUACAGAUCUGAGUUUUAUACAAACUAAAAACAGGGGAGAAAUAGAAGAGAUACAAACAGAGCUACCUCUGGAGAAAUCUCUCACCCAGGUAACUCUUUGAACAAUGACACCAAUAAGUCAAGAUUCCUCGAUAAAGGCCUCUUCUUCUGUGCCAAACACUACAAAGGGCAAUUUUUCAAGCCGAGUGAAGGAUUUUCUUCCCGCGAAUCGCUCAUCUCUUACUCUCUCCAAGAAUCAAUCUU